CUCCUCAUUAGCUAGCUAGCCAGAGAAGGAAGUGACACUACCAACAUGAGGAUACCACUGAGACGAAACAUGGCAACACUAGCCGUGGUGGCAACAGCACUGCUGCUACUGCUGUGCCUCGGUCCUGUAUAUGGCCGAGUGGGUAGAGGAGAAAGGCGGCUGGAAGGUUCUGCUGCUCGAAUCAAUACCGAACGUGAGUACGAUGCUUUAGGUGGUGAUGUGUUGGAUGGCGAUACUAGUAGUAGUGGUAGGAGUGGAAGUGCUGUGGGCAACAAGGGGCGGCGUGGUAGGAAGGCUUGGACACGGAGUCUGCAAACCGAUACCAACUCGACUGGUUUCAAGAUGAGCGGCAAGGGAGGCAAAGGCAGUAGCAUGAGUGGAACCAUGGGGACACCAAAUCCCAGUCCUCGUCCCACGCCCCGUCCUACGCCUUAUCCAAGUCCUCGUCCCAGCCCUAGUCCCACUUCUAGACCCGCCACGCCCAAGCCAACUACGUUGGCCCCACAGCCGACUAGUUCUGCCCCACAGCCCACAAGUUCCGCCCCACAGCCAACCAACACGGCCCCACAGCCCACUAGCUCCGCCCCACAGCCCACGAGUUCCGCCCCGCAGCCAGCAACUCCCGCACCCACGGGUGUCGAGACCCCUAGUCCGACUGAUAAUAGUGCUCCCGCACCCACUACAACCUCACCUGUCACUUCUGCUCCCACCACAGGAGAUUUGCAGCAACCCAGUUGCGACGACAAUGCCAAAGACUACAUUGUUAGUCUUGAUGUCCAAAUUGACUUUCGAGACGGACUGGUCGAAUGUUCCAAUGGCGAAGAAACGGAAAUUAAAGAGAGUAUUCCCGAGGUGCUCAAUGACAAGUUCUUUGACGUCGUGACCGAUUGGAUUGGCACGGUCGAAUUUGGAGACUUUGAAUUUGAUGAAGCACAAUUAGUCAACAAUAUGGAAUAUCAAGAUAACGAAGUCCGACGAAUCUUGGGUCGGGUAGUCAAUCCCAACCCUCCUCGACUCGAUGCCAUUUGUCCCACUCGAGGUUCCGUGUCGUGUACCGAAGACUAUUGUCGAUGGGGUUGCAUGACGGUCAAAACCACCGACUGUGGCACAUCGUCCAUUGCCAAUUGGGGCAAGUUGGCCGAAGAGGUGGAAGAACGGUUGGCGAAAAUUGCUCGACUGCAGAGCAUUGAUUGUUUGGGAAAACCACAAAGCUUGAAUGUGGUCUUGCGAGUGGCCGAAGGAGAUGCCAGUCCGGGUACGGCGACUCCCACUCAGUCGCCCGUGACCCCGGCUCCUACCAUUUCCACACCCGCUCCCACCAUUUCCACACCCGCUCCCACAAUCUCCACUCCAGAACCCACCAUUUCCACACCCGCUCCCACAAUCUCUACUACGGAUUCCCCUACCGAGUACCCUACCGAAUCUACACCAGAGCCCACUGUUUCUACACCAGAGCCUACCGAGGAACCAACAGUGUCCACUCCAGAACCUACAGUGUCCACCCCAGAGCCUACAGCAUCCACUCCGGAACCUACAGCAUCAACCCCAGAGCCUACAGCUUCUACCCCAGGGCCUACACCUUCCACUCCCCAACCAACAGCUUCUACCCCAGGGCCCACCCCAGCAACUCCCGCGCCCGCAGCUCUCAACGAAAACUUUGAAUCAACCGUGUCGGAUUGGUAUGGUACAGCAAACUUUGGAGACUUUGCCAUGGAUGCCAAACAAGUUGUGGACAAUACCAAUCAACGAGGUGAUUUGGACUUUGCGACUUGUCCGUCCAGAGAAAUGGUUACGUGUAACGCAGACCUUUGUCACUGGGGCUGUACGACAGCCUCUACCACCGAUUGUGGUACAUCGUCUCUUGUCAACUGGCGGCUUUUGGGCACCGACGUCAAGGAAAGGUUGGGAGGACUAGGAUAUGCAUGUUUGGGUAAUGCCAACAAUCUCAAUGUGGUCCUGGUAGUUGACGAUCCAGAGGGCCAGGAAGACGACGGUAGUCUCGUGCCGAGGAGUGCAGACGCACCAGCACCAACACCCUCCGACGAGCCAGCACCGGCACCAGCACCAUCACCCCAGACCGAGUUCGCCACCACGGCCAAGGUUACUCGUGACGGCGACUUUGUGCCACGCGACUUUGAAGGGUUCCCGGAGACGACGACGGACAGAAAUGGUGUUUGUACCGAGCAUACCGUUGUCUACGAUGUGGCAGUGGAUCUUCAGAUGGAGUACCCUGGAGGUAAUAAACAGGAUUGCAGCAUUAGCGAACAAGGCAACAUUGACUCCGCUGUUGCCUCGGCACUGAACGGCAACUUUCUUACCACUGUCCCCGAUUGGGAUGGAGAUGUUGGAUUCGGACCCGUUAAAUUCGAUUCCAGCCAGGAAGUAGAUAAAACAACAGGAGGUCGGCAGAGGAGAACCCAAGAGGGUCGCAUGUUGGAAAGCACUUGUAAACAACAACGCGGUAUUGAUUGUAAGGGAGACUACUGCCGCUGGGGAUGUCUCCUGGCCCCUUCGACAUCCUGCAGUGUCAAUUUCCUGACCAACUGGGCCAAUCUUGCCGAUGACAUCAAAGUGGCCUUGUCGGGUCUGAACUACGGUUGUCUUGGCACGACGAGCAAGUUGGCGGUCAACUUGGUGGUUACAGACCCCAAUGAAGGCACUGGAAGUGUCACACGAAGUGGCAUUGAUGCCAACGAACUCUUGGAUCAGUGGAGUGUCAACCGUGUGUCUGAAACCAAGUUGGACCGACACCGCACCGGGACGAAGAGAUUGAUUUGA